GUUUGAAAAUGAAGGUGCUUUUACCAUUGACCUUUCUGGCUUUUCUUAGUUCUCCAGGUUGGGCAAAAGAUAGGCACUACCACAUAGGCAUUAAAGAAACCACAUGGAACUAUGCUCCUACUGGUAGAAAUAUGCUCAAUGGGAAGCCUAUUUCAGAAGAUCAAGAGUUUCAGUCCCAAACAUAUCUACAACAAGCCCCAGAUAGGAUAGGAUCUGUCUAUAAAAAGGCUUUGUAUUUUCAGUUUACUGAUGAUACAUUUCAAACAAUCGUUGAGAAACCAUCAUGGUUGGGAUUUUUAGGUCCAAUAAUUAAGGCAGAGACUGGAGACUUCAUUUAUAUACAUGUAAAAAAUUUUGCUUCAAGAAUCUAUAGUCUCCAUCCUCACGGACUCUCCUACACGAAAGAAAAUGAAGGUGCUCUGUAUCCUGAUAACACUACGGGCCUGCAAAAGGAAGAUGACGGUCUGGAGCCAGGGACACAGUAUACUUACAAGUGGUUUGUGCAAGAAAAUCAGGGGCCUGGCCCCAAUGACAGUAGCUGUGUGACGAGGAUUUACCACUCCCAUGUAGACACUCUAAAAGAUGUGGCUUCAGGACUUAUUGGACCAAUUCUGACUUGUAAAAGAGGCACGCUGGAUGGAGACACUGAAAAAAAUAUUGACCAGUCUUUUGUUCUGAUGUUUUCUAUAACUGAUGAAAACAGUAGCUGGUAUAUCGAUGACAACAUUAAUACGUACACUGAACCUGGCCAAGUUAAUACCAGUGAUCCUGGCUUCCAGGAGAGCAAUCACAUGCACUCAAUAAAUGGAUACUUGUACGGAAAUCUGCCCAAUCUCACCAUGUGUGCAGAGGACAAGGUCAGGUGGCAUUUUGUUGGCAUGGGUGGUGGAUCUGACACGCACUCCAUCUACCUGCACGGACAAACGCUGAUCUCCCGGAAUCACAGGAAGGACACCAUUACCGUCUUUCCUGCCUCGCUGGUAGAUGCCUUCAUGGUGGCCAAGGGCCCUGGAGAGUGGAUGGUGGGCUGCCAGAUAUAUGAGGGUAUGCAGGCCUUUUUCAAUGUGAGGAAUUGCCAAAAACCUUCAACAGAUGUUACUGGGACACAUGUUAUCUGUUACUAUAUUGCUGCUGAAGAAAUUCUUUGGAACUAUGCUCCAUCUGGCAUAGAUUUCUUCACUAAAAAAAAUUUAACAGCAGCUGGAAGUGAAUCCCAGCCGUAUUUUGAACAAAGCCCAACCAGAAUCGGGGGAACUUACAAAAAACUAGUUUACCGUGAAUACACAGAUGCUUCCUUCCGAACGCAAAAGGCAAGAGACGAGCACCUUGGAAUUCUUGGGCCUGUCAUUAAGGCGGAGGUGGGACAGAUCAUCAAGGUCACUUUCUAUAACAAUGCUUGCCUGCCGCUCAGCAUCCAUCCUCAUGGACUGCGCUACAACAAGAGCAACGAGGGCUCAUUCUACAGAACACCCAGGGGAGGUACCCCUCCACCCUCCUCACAUGUAAAUCCUGGCUCAACCUUUGUCUAUACCUGGGAAGUUCCAGGAGACGUGGGUCCUACCUCCACAGAUCCCACCUGCCUGACCUGGUUAUACUACUCCUCAGUAAAUCAGACGAGAGACACCAACAGCGGCCUUGUAGGGCCUCUCCUCGUGUGCAGAAAUGGAAGUCUUGGAGAGGAGGGCCGACAAAAAGGAAUAGACAAAGAGUUUUACCUACUUGCCACAAUAUUUGAUGAAAAUAAAAGUUUCCUCUUGGAUGAAAAUAUCAGAACAUUUAUCACACAGCCUGAAAAUGUGGAUAAAGAGGAUCCAGACUUCCAAAACUCUAACAAGAUGUACUCCAUAAACGGCUUCAUGUACGGAAAUCUGCCCGGACUGGACAUGUGCUUAGGAGACAAGGUUUCAUGGCAUGUCUUUAGUGUGGGAUCACAGGACGACCUACAUGGGAUAUAUUUUUCAGGAAAUACCUUCACUUCCUUAGGAGCAAGGAAGGACACUCUAGCUGUGUUUCCCCACAACUCCCAGACACUUCUUAUGACACCUGAUUCCACAGGAAUUUUUAAUGUGGUUUGUAUGACAACAGAGCACUAUCUAGGAGGCAUGAAGCAUAAAUACCACGUGAGGCAGUGUUCAGAGCCCAGCCUUGAUCUAAAACAGUGCCAGGAAGAGAAGACUAUUUAUAUCGCAGCUGAGGAAAUCGUGUGGGAUUUUUCUCCAAGCAGGAAGUGGGAGAAGGAACUGCAUCAUCUACAAGGAAAUAACAACACAAACAUAUAUUUGGAUAGAACUGGGAUGUUUCUUGGGUCCAAAUACAAGAAAGUCGUAUACCGUCAAUAUGAUGAUAUCACAUUCAUGAAUCAAACAAAAAGAAAUGAAGAUGACAAACAUCUGGAUAUACUAGGUCCUUUAAUACUUCUCAACCCUGGUCAAAAACUCCGAAUUAUCUUUAAAAAUAAGGCCUCAAGACCAUAUUCUAUUCAUGCUCAUGGAGUGAGAACAAAUUCUUCCACUGUUGUUCCAACACAGCCAGGAGAGAUCCAAACAUACAUUUGGGAGAUUCCUGAAAGAACUGGUCCUACCUCAAAGGACUUUGAGUGCAUACCUUGGUUUUACUAUUCAACUGUGGACGUGGUUAAGGAUCUUAACAGUGGACUGGUCGGCCCUUUGAUCGUAUGUCGCAGAAACACCACCAGCAUAGUUCACCGUGUUCUCCACUUCAUGAUAUUUGAUGAGAACAAAUCCUGGUACUUUGAAGAAAAUAUCAACACCUAUUCUCUAGACCCGAACCAAGUGGACAGGAAUGAUACCAAUUUCUUCUUCAGCAACCUAAUGCAUGCAAUUAACGGGAGAAUGUUUGGAAACAACCAAGGUCUGACGCUGCACGUUGGGGAUGAAGUGAACUGGUACCUGAUUGGCAUGGGGAGUGAGUUUGACCUGCACACGGUUCACUUUCACGGCCACAGCUUUGACUACACGGAUUCGGGACUGUAUCGCUCUGACGUCUAUGACCUUCCUCCUGGAGUCUAUCAAACUGUAAAAAUGUAUCCAAGAGAUGUUGGAACCUGGUUAUUUCAUUGCCAUGUUAGCAUUCACAUUGGGGCUGGAAUGGAAAGCACUUACACCGUAAUCAAAUGAAAAGGUAUAUAAUCAUUUUUGUUUAAUAUUCCAACUUAGACCUCCAUGAAACUUUCUUUCCUACAGCAUGAACUUUCUUUCCCUGGCAUAAAUCCUGACAAGUGUAUGAGCAGGAGCUGCUGAAGAAGGAAAACUCAUGGAGGUGUCUAGGAGGGGCUGGGUAAAGACUUGCGUGGCAAUGGACCAGGAAAACUAGCCUGAAAUAAA